CAAUAGCUGGCCGUUAGCCGCAGUGUCGUUGUGUUUUCUUCUGGUCAUGUCGCGAUCGAACCGGCUAGUUAGCUCACUGCGCCGCUAGCCGCUUCACCUGUUCGCCGCGCGCAGCUGCUGGAGGCCCGCGGAUAGAAUCUGGAGGACGGAGAGCGGACGACUGAGAUGAAAUGACAACGUCAACAUUACAGAAAGCGAUCGAUCUCGUCACCAAAGCCACCGAGGAGGACAAGGCCAAGAACUAUGAGGAGGCUCUGCGCCUGUACCAGCACGCCGUGGAGUACUUCCUGCACGCCAUCAAAUAUGAGGCGCACAGCGACAAGGCGAAGGAGAGCAUCCGAGCCAAGUGCAUGCAGUACCUGGACCGGGCGGAGAAGCUCAAGGACUACCUGAAGAACAAGGACAAGCAGGGCAAGAAGCCCGUGAAGGAGGCGCAGAGCAAUGACAAGAGCGACAGCGACAGUGAAGGAGAAAACCCGGAGAAGAAGAAGCUUCAGGAGCAGCUGAUGGGUGCGAUCGUGAUGGAGAAGCCCAACGUGAGGUGGAACGACGUGGCCGGCCUGGAGGGAGCCAAAGAGGCCCUGAAGGAAGCCGUCAUCCUGCCCAUUAAGUUCCCCCACCUGUUCACAGGUAAACGGACCCCCUGGAGAGGCAUCCUGCUCUUCGGACCCCCGGGGACGGGGAAGUCCUACCUGGCCAAAGCCGUGGCCACCGAGGCCAACAACUCCACCUUCUUCUCCGUCUCGUCCUCCGACCUCAUGUCCAAGUGGCUGGGAGAGAGCGAGAAGCUGGUGAAGAACCUCUUCGACCUGGCUCGCCAACACAAGCCUUCCAUCAUCUUCAUCGACGAGGUGGACUCGCUGUGCGGCUCCAGGAACGAGAACGAGAGCGAAGCCGCCCGACGCAUCAAGACCGAGUUCCUGGUCCAGAUGCAGGGUGUGGGGAACAACAACGACGGGAUUCUGGUGCUCGGAGCCACAAACAUCCCCUGGGUGCUGGACGCCGCCAUCCGCAGGAGGUUUGAGAAGCGGAUCUACAUCCCCCUGCCGGAGGAGCCGGCCCGCGCCCAGAUGUUCCGCCUCCACCUGGGAAACACGCCGCACAGCCUGAGCGAGGCCGACCUGCGGCAGCUGGCGCACAAGACCGACGGAUACUCCGGAGCCGACAUCAGCAUCAUCGUCCGGGACGCCCUCAUGCAGCCGGUCCGCAAGGUGCAGUCAGCCACACACUUCAAGAAGGUUCACGGUCCGUCCCGGAGCAACAACCAGGUGAUGGUGGACGACCUGCUGACCCCCUGCUCCCCCGGUGACCCCGCAGCCAUAGAGAUGACCUGGAUGGACGUGCCUAGUGACAAACUGCUGGAGCCCAUCGUCUGCAUGUCGGACAUGCUGCGCUCCCUGUCCACCACUCGUCCCACCGUCAACACCGAGGACCUGCUGAAGGUCAAGAAGUUCACAGAGGACUUUGGGAUGGAGGGCUGAGAGUCGGAGCGCCGCCCCCCUCCAGAAGAGUCACUGCAUCCUCCUCCUCUUCCUCCUCCUUCAGUUCACUACACGAACUCUUCAUCCUCCGCUCCGAGCCGACUGAAGGACUGUACACUCUGCUGCCGCCGUGCACUUUUCCAGGACUAUUUGAAGAAAGAGGUUGUUCAGUUCUCCUGCCAGGCAUGCGGGUGUAUGAGAGAGUGUGUAUGAGUGUGUGUGUGUGUGUGUGUGUAUGUCUGUGGGUUUUUGUUUUCUUCAAGUCAGUGUCCAGGUGUUCCAGAGCUCCUUAUUUUGUUAUUUAAUGAAGAGAAAUCCUCCCGUCGUCGUGCACAGCAGAGACGUGUCCGACCCACAGCAGCAGAAAUAAACUGACUGAAGCCGAACUGCUCCUGUUUUCACCACUAGAGGGCGCUCCCCGCAACAAAAACUUCACAUUUCAGAGAAUGGCUGAGAUUUUGGAGGCAUGAAAACCUAGAAAACGUUUUUUUUUUUCCACAAUUUUAAAUUAGAAUGUAUGAACUGAAGUAACAGAGGCUCCGAUUCAGUUUUACACAUUUCAGUAAAUUUUUCUUUGCUCAAUUUUCUGUUUAAUGAAAGAUUUGGUUUUUUUUUUAGUCUGAGUAAAAAAAAAAAAAAACUGCAAAUUUAUAUAUUUGCAAAGUCACAAGAAUGUCUUGAUUUUUUUUUUUUUUGCUCGCCAUAAGAACAAAAUUUCCAUCUAUCCAAAAUUGAAAUCUUCACUGAUUUUUAAGUGAAGUCCUCUCAGUAUUUAACCAAGUCUCAAUCUGUGAAUCUGCAUAUUUACACAGUUAACUCAAGCUUCCACUUUUUCACUUCAUGUUAAUCUUUUACAACAAACUCUAAACCUUUCCUGUUCCUCUUUGAUGAAAAGUUGGUUUUAUUUAUUUUUUUUGCACUUUAAAAAAAGACUGAAAGCUAAUGUUGGGAAUAAGCUGUGAGACUUAAAUUGUGUUUACCGUCUCUUUAAAGUGUGUGUGUGUUUUCACCGGACUGAAGGUUCAUUCUUUAAAAAAAAAAAAAAAACUGAAGGUGAAUCAAACUCCAGCGGGUCGGGUCGGGCACGUCUCC